AUAAAUUCUUCUCGCUCCCUGGUUAUCUUUUCAUCCACAAUUCGGUUCCUCAUCCUGUGACGCGACGACGGUGGUAGCAGAGGUAAAAUCCAUCGUUGCCAUCGAUGGGCUUGGCUCUGGUGUGCCAGGUGAUGAGAGGGUGCACGGACAAACCCAUCUCUCGCCCACCCCAUUUCUCAAGAGUUCCUUCUCAAAGGUCGAAAAAAGACAAGACCCAACAAACUUGAAGCCGUCAGUGGAAUGUCACGCUCAAUAAAAGAUGUCGAUGCUGGCCACUACGGUGCGUUUACCACCGCCCUCGCCAACCUGCUACACACAAGCAUCGCGGAGCACACGUACGCAGAGAUCAUUGACGGGAUCCCGACGGCAGAUACCUGGUAUGCUUAUCAUGGGGUUCGUCACGACAUCAUUGAAGCGCAUCGCAAACUUUGCCCGGGCACCCUAGACACCGCGCGACAAUUCCGAGCGGAUCUUCACCCCGAGCAUCUAGCGUUUGAUUCAACGGUUCUUGGAGCUUAUGAAAAUUCGCCGCUGGGUUCGCGAACCUUCAAGCUGCGAUUGAUAGAAAUGCUAGCUAUUGCGUGCCAUGACCUUGCUGCUCUCCUGCAUCAAAAGUAUGAUGGAGGUUUCCACAAAGGCGCUCAUACCUGGACACCGGCGAACGUUUCGACUGCCCGGUGGCAAAUCGCGCCUCAGCCCCCACGGUCUCCAACCGUGUUUCUUCAUGCUGCCUACGACGCCUUUGAUCAGUAUCCCAGAGGUGUCGCGGACAUGGUCGGUUAUUGGGCCGAAUCACGCCUCUUCGGCGGGGUUGUGCUUUUUGACCGAGGAGAAGACGAAAUAGGCUGCCACGAUGUCUUCCUUUACCCGAAUGGGGGCCGCCGUCUCAUCUUCCAGCCCUCAGAAGAACAAGUGGACCGUUUGUACACCUUUUUGACAACGCCAGCCUCCGAAAGUGAUGGGAUUUCACCUCCAUUACCUCUCAUUCCCGAGAAAUACGCUCGGCGCGUGGACCCUUGGGACGCUUUUGGGUCGUUGCACAUCUUCCGCAAUCGCUAUGAGCGUAGGAGGGGUCCGCGGCCGAGAGGUCACCUCGUUGCUUUGGAAGACGAUCCCCAAGGCCAAGAUCUUUUGGAAAUAAUCAGAGAACGGUACGCUUGAUCUGAGGAGUCUGUGUCGGGACUAUCUAGAGGGAUAUAAACAUUGGGGAGGUUAAUAGAGAGAUCAAACCAAGGUUUUUGCUAGAACCACAGCAAGCACUUCAAUGGCAGGCCGUGUUGACAACUCAGACACAGCUAGGGCGUGUGGGCGGUAAGCGGGUCCGUGAGAAGAGUCUGCUUAAGUGUCGACGAUGUAGAGGUAAAUCAAGACCUCCCUUAGCCCAUGAGGCUCACUUGAUGGCCCUUUUCUUUUAGGUUUGCAAAUUGAGCCCGGCGUUUGGAUGAUUGGGAGUCGAAGAAAAGAUUGGUCAGACGCUACGUAUGAAGGUGCUGUUGUUAGUCUGGGCCAUGUGCUACUCUUGGUGGGCAUGCUCUGCGGCAGGUGCGGUUGACGUGACCUGCACGGCACAAACUACCUAGGUAGGUAGGUAUUAUUGAAGGCAACAAGAUAUUACGCCACGUGGCUUGGG